AUGGCUGGCAAAGCCUCCCGGUGGGCCGUCAGCCAGGAGGACGUCGCCAAAGCGAAACAAGAACGUGAGGCCAAGCGCCGUGCCAAAGCCGCAAAGGCCGCCGCGCGCAAGGCCCAGGAAGAGACCGCCGCCCAGGCACAACCUCAAAGUCAACAGCCGGCUACCGAGAAUGGACCACCGACAAAGAGGCGAAGGGUGACGCCCGCUCCCGAUGCCGCGCACAACGGAGAUGACGAUGGCAGCCGCGGCACACCAAACGAGCACAGGCUGCUGAGGUUGCCGGGACCCCCGUUCGGCCGGUGCAGAAGCGUCGAGAACUAUGACAAGCUCAACGACAUUGAAGAGGGCGCCUACGGGUGGGUUGCGAGGGCGAAGGAACUCGCGACAGGAAGAGUGGUGGCCCUGAAAAGGUUAAAGAUCGACCCGAAAGAUCGGAGUGGCUUGCCAGUCACGGGGCUACGUGAGAUCCAGAUCCUCAAGGACUGCAACCACAGAAAUGUGGUGGAGAUGCAUGAGGUGGUGGUUGGUGACGACACCAGCAAGAUUGAAAACAUCUUUCUGGUGCUCGAGUUUCUUGAGCAUGAUGUCAAGAGCGUGUUGGAAGACAUGCCAGAGCCGUUUCUCUCGUCAGAGGUCAAGACGCUACUCCUACAACUCGCGGCAGGCGUGGAUUACCUCCACGAAAAUUUUAUCCUCCAUCGAGAUCUCAAAACCUCAAACCUCUUACUCAACAACCGCGGCCAGUUGAAGAUUGCAGAUUUUGGCAUGGCGAGGUACGUGGGCGACCCGCCGCCGAAACUGACACAGUUGGUGGUCACCCUAUGGUACCGUGCGCCAGAGCUUCUGCUCGGCACGAUCAAGUACGGUCAGGCGGUAGACAUGUGGAGCGUGGGGUGCAUAUUUGGCGAGCUGCUCACCCGUGAGCCAUUACUGCAAGGGAAGAACGAAGUCGACGAGCUGACAAAGAUAUUCGAGCUUUGCGGCGUGCCGACGGAGGAGACCUGGCCUGGGUUUCGGCGGCUGCCAAACGCGAGGUCUUUGAGGUUGCCCAAAAACCCACAGGCCGCCGGCUCCGUCAUCAGGGCGAGAUUUCCACUGCUCACUGCAGCGGGGAGCGCUUUGCUUUCAGGGUUGCUAUCGCUGGACCCGGACCGAAGGAUCACAGCCAAAGAGAUGUUGGCACAUGACUAUUUCAAGCAAGAUCCUAGACCAAAGCAUGAAAGCAUGUUCCCUACAUUUCCCAGCAAGGCUGGCCAGGAGCGGAGGCGACGCCGUGAUACGCCAAAUGCUCCUAUCCGGGGCCAAGCUGCUGAUCUUGGUGACGUCGAUUUUACUGGCAUUUUUGCACGCCGCGAGAAGGAAGAGAAAGGUGCCGGCUUUCAGCUUCGAAUGAUAUAG